AUGGCCUUGUUGAGAAGAUACGUUGCUGCUAUUGCUAUUGCAUUGUUUGUGCUCUUGCCUUUGUUGUUGUCUUGCAACCUUAACAUGGCUUCGGCUUCCUCCGGAGGCGUUAUGGGUGGGAGUUUCUUCGACUCUGAUUCAGAUUCAGAUUCUUCGUCCUCACAGUUUAACACUUGGGAUUCAGAAUCAAACAGAAUGGUGCAUCAUUGUGAUAAUCACCCCUGUUCUCAUGACACUGAGGUUGUGAAGGGAAGUCACGGUGGAGUGCCCUUCUUGUUUCUAUUCUUCAUGUUGGCUAUGUUUUUGUUUGGAUACUUUAGAAACAACAACGCAAAUUCAGUUACUGUGCUCAAGCUUCAGGUUAUUUUUUGUAAUCACUUGCUAGUUGCAAUGUUGGGUGGUAAGGGAAGCUCAAUACAAAGGGAUCUAACUAGGAUUGCAGAAACUGCAGAUACAUCCUCUCCGGAUGGUGUGAGCUAUCUAUUGACAGAUACAAUACAUAGUUUGGUUGGAAAUCUUGGUCACUGUAUAGCAGGAUAUACAUUUGUGGGUCUAAAGCAAAGUAAAGAUGAUGCGGAGAAAUGCUAUAAUCAACUAUCAAAUGAAGAAAGGGAGAAAUUUGAUGAAGAAACAUUGGUUAGUUUGAACAACACAGAAAAGAGAAGCACAAUAACCCAGAGUGACGCGUUUAACAAUGAAAACUCAAUGUUUGAUGCAAAAGAUAUUAAAGAUGAAAGAAAAAUAUUUGAAGAAGAGAAACUUCUCAACGGGUUUGACAACGAGUACAUAGUGAUAACAAUCUUGGUAGCUGCUAAAGGAGCACAUAAGCUUCCUAACAUCUAUGGAGCUGCAGAUAUGAAGAAGGCCUUACAAAAGCUUAGAACGGUUCUCUCAAGCAAAUUAUUGGCUGGGAAGGUGUUGUGGACACCACAAAAUGAGGAUGAAACUCUUUCAAAACGAAAACUACUUGAAGACUAUCCUCAAUUAGCUAAUUGCAUGAAAACCUUUCUUGUUAAGAAGCAUGAAUGA